GAACCGCGCUUUAUCGCGACCAUCUCACCCCGGAAGGGAGUCCUCAAACUUGCAGGCUUCGGACAGGACUGGCUCAAAGUAGUUGGAGCGGUUUACGCCGCGUACCGAGAACCAUGGAUGCGUCCAAGGCUCGGGAGCUUCCGAAUGAGCACACCCUGGAGAAGCCAACUAGAGGAAGAGAGCUGGACCGGAGCUGAGUCCGAGCAGCGCCCGAGCAGGGCCCGAGCAGAGCGGGGGCUCUGGAGGCGCGGCCCACCCCUACGCGGCCUGCGGGAGAGGCUCGGCCUCCGCCGUACCGGAGCCGGAGCCCGGCGCUCCUAACCAUCCACUCCACCCCACCCCACCCCAGACACCCACGGCCUGGCGGGUGCCAGCCCCCGCCAGCACCACCCCCCGGAGGUGCGAAGGGAGAGAGCAGAGAGAGACAGGAAAGCCAGCGGAGGAUAGGGCGCAGAGCCCAGGGUCCCGGAGAAGUCCUGUCCUCCCUGGGACCCCCGGCAGGGGCGGCCCAGCUGGGGGGAGGGGAGGAGUACGGCGAGCGGUAAAGGCCGAGGCGGUGGCGGCGCGCGGGCGAGGCCCCUUUAAGGCCCUCCCCUCCCACCGGCAGCGCCGGUCUCCGCCCGCCGCUCUCCCCGCCCCGGGGUCCCGGCGAGAGCUGCGAUUGGGCGAGCGCGGCGAUCCCUUUGAAGUGUGGCUGCCGAUCGCGGCUAUUUGACGUGCGGCUCGCGGAAGGCAAAGGUUUUUGUGUUGCUCGCCGGGGCUAGCGGCGGCGGCGGCGGCGGCGGCGGCGUCGGUGGAGGAGGGGUGGAGGCGCGGCGACUGCUGCACCGCGCUCGGUGCUGCGGAGCGAGCCCACCCGCUCCGGGAGCUCGCCUCCCCGGAGCUACCCCCCCUCCCCGCCCCCCCCCCAGUGGCGCUGCCUCCUCCAAAUGAGCGAUUCGCCCGCUGGAUCUAACCCAAGGACACCCGAAAGCAGCGGCAGCGGCAGCGGCGGCGGCGGGAAGAGGCCAGCGGUGCCGGCGGCGGUGUCCCUCUUGCCCCCGGCGGACCCCCUGCGCCAGGCUAACCGGCUUCCUAUCAGGGUCCUGAAGAUGCUGAGCGCUCACACCGGCCACCUCCUGCACCCGGAGUACCUGCAGCCGCUGUCCUCCACUCCCGUCAGCCCGAUUGAGCUGGACGCCAAGAAGAGUCCUUUGGCGUUGCUGGCGCAGACUUGCUCGCAGAUCGGCAAGCCGGACCCGCCGCCCUCGUCCAAGCUCAAUUCGGUAGCGGCGGCCAACGGGCUGGGAGCGGAGAAGGACCCUGGCCGCUCCUCCUCGGGCGCCGCCUCCGCGUCUGCUGCCCUCAAGCAGCUGGGGGACUCCCCGGCCGAGGACAAGUCCAGCUUCAAGCCCUACUCCAAAGGCUCCGGUGGCGGCGACUCCCGCAAAGACAGCGGCUCUUCCUCCGUGUCCUCCACCUCCUCCUCCUUGUCCCCCGGAGACAAGGCGGGUUUCAGAGUCCCCAGCGCCACCUGCACGCCGUUUCCCCCGCAUGGAGCGCCGGUCUCCGCGUCGUCGUCCUCGUCCUCUCCCGGUGGCUCCCGGGGCGGCUCCCCGCACCACUCUGACUGCAAGAACGGCGGCGGGGGCGGCGGCGGGGAGCUGGACAAGAAAGACCAGGAGCCCAAGCCCAGCCCUGAGCCUGCAGCCGUGAGCCGCGGCAGCGGUGGCGAGCCGGGCGCGCACGGCGGCGCCGAGGCCGGGGCCUCCGGGCGCAAAUCCGAGCCGCCCUCCGCUCUGGUGGGGGCUGGCCACGUGGCGCCAGUGUCGCCCUACAAACCGGGCCACUCGGUGUUCCCGCUGCCACCCUCCAGCAUCGGCUACCACGGCUCCAUCGUAGGCGCCUACGCCGGCUACCCGUCUCAGUUCGUGCCUGGCCUGGAUCCGAGCAAGUCCGGCCUCGUGGGAGGCCAGCUGUCGGGGGGCCUGGGCCUGCCACCGGGCAAGCCUCCCAGCUCCAGCCCGCUCACCGGGGCCUCCCCGCCCUCCUUCCUGCAGGGAUUAUGCCGCGACCCCUACUGCCUGGGAGGCUACCACAGCGCCUCGCACCUCGGAGGCUCCAGCUGCUCCACUUGCAGCGCGCACGACCCGGCCGGGCCCAGCCUGAAGGCGGGGGGCUACCCGCUGGUGUACCCCGGGCACCCGCUGCAGCCCGCCGCGCUCUCGUCCAGCGCCGCGCAGGCCGCACUCCCCGGCCACCCGCUCUACACUUACGGCUUCAUGCUGCAGAACGAACCGCUGCCGCACAGCUGCAACUGGGUGGCGGCCAGCGGGCCGUGCGACAAGCGCUUCGCCACCUCGGAGGAGCUGCUCAGCCACUUACGGACUCACACGGCCCUGCCCGGCGCGGAGAAACUUCUGGCCGCCUACCCGGGGGCCUCGGGCCUGGGCAGCGCCGCCGCGGCCGCCGCUGCCGCCGCCUCCUGCCAUCUGCACCUCCCCCCGCCCACCGCCCCGGGCAGCCCCGGGUCGCUGUCAUUGCGGAGUCCACACACUUUGGGGCUAAGCCGGUACCACCCCUAUGGCAAGAGCCACUUAUCCACGGCCGGGGGCCUGGCCGUGCCGUCCCUCCCCACAGCCGGACCCUACUACUCACCAUACGCGCUGUACGGACAGAGACUGGCCUCAGCCUCCGCGCUCGGAUACCAGUAACUACAGCCCUGCCUCCCACCCCGACCUCCUCUCCUCCCCGCACCCCCACCCGCCUCCGCUGCUGCCUCCACUACCGCUUAGCCCUGACGGAUCCCCGCCCAGACCCUCCCCACCGGACUGUGUAUUUAUUUACUAUAAUGUUAGCUUACAAGCUGGGAAUAUAAGUGCAUUAACGGCCCACACGAGUCAAUGGUAUGCAAAAAGUCCGUCCCCCCUUCCCCCAAAUAAUAAUAUUAAUCACGCAAGUAACUACAUGUCCCACCCCCUCUUCCUUUCUUGACUCUUUUUCUUAGAUGUAAGUUUUAAAUUUUUUUCCUUUGGCUUUUUUUUUUUUUUUUCUUUUUUGAUUGGUUUGGUUUUUAGGGGAAGGAGGGAGAGUUCGGGUUCUGUUUGUUUUGUUUGCCCUUCCUGGAGAUUUUCUUGCAUGCUUCUUAACUGUUCAAACUACAUUUCUUCCAUCUCUUUUACCCCCUCUUUCCCCUUCAUUCCUUCUUGUUUCCGUCCAUUUGAGGUUCUGUUGUUUUUUUUUUUUUUUCCUUUGUACAAGUAACAGAGAGGAGGAUUUUUUUUUUUUUUGUAACUCAUUUGGGGGUGCAGGGAGUGGCCUUGGGAGCUGGAGGUCUUGUGCUUUUAUUAACCUGGAACUCUGCUCUGUGACUCCUCCCUUGCCACCCUCUCCGCCCAGGGUCCUUGGUCUUCACCCUGGCCCUCAAAAUUAGAGUCUUGUUCCCCUGUCUUGCUCUGAGCAGGAGCCAAUGGCCCGAGAGGCCUCCAACAGAGCUACUCUUCUUCCAGGCCCCAGACACCCCGGUGGUCACACUGCCUGCUGGUGGGGGACCUGCAGGGCUCAUCUUACUCAAGUAAAAGUCCUAGAAGGCUCUGCUGGCAUGAAACUUUGCUCGUAUAGUUUGCGAAGUGCUUUUAUAGCCAUUGUUUUUCGCUCGGUCAUUGGGGCAGUGGUCCCUGUCUUGGCGGUAGGGGCUAGGUGUGUGAUUCUUGCUAGAUCCUUCCAAAGCAGACCAGUGGUAAUAUCAGCUGGCAACACACCCAUGUUAGCGCUUUUGGGGGAAGGUGGGAGAGUCAGGGAGCACACGGAUCGCAGCAGUCCCCGUCGCCCCCUCCCAGGCCUGACCCAACAGAACCCCCAAAGUUGGCCGUGGGCUCCCUCAGUUACUAGGAUUGAAGACUCCAGCCCCUGGGUCUUCUCCUCACACCCUCCCUCCCUCCUGGUCUUAUGCAGCCGAGCGGGGGCCGCGGGGCCUGUUUGGGAUGAAUAGAGCUCUCCCUUGGUAAGACUUAUUUUGUUAAUAAAUGGAAUACUUGGCUAUA